AUGCCCCGUAGCCUGUACUUUGGAGCAUUGCGACUGCUGAUAAGUUGCCUUGGUGUCCUCAUGGUGACCACAGCCGCUCCGAGAAAUGUCCACGUGGACAUACAACCACGACAGCAAACUACAGAUAAUUCUAUACAGGUCCUUAGUGACAUCCAUGGAAAAACAUUUGCCCUUCUGCGCUCAAAAACCCAGAGGCCAUUCCUAGUCGACUCUAUGGUAUCCUGUUUCACAAUGCAGCUGUUAUAUUCAGCAGAGGAAACAGACCACACGGUUAUGCUGUGGCUUCAUUACACGGAAUCUAACGGAGGAGUCAAGCGUGUCGACACAAUAACCUUCACAGUGAAAGAGGAAAAAGGAACGUCAGAAAACAACCUUCGUUUCGAAUUUGAAGGAUCAUCAAAAAAUGGCCUCACCAUACAAGAAGCUGAAUUUGUCUACCGCGAAAAGUCUUGUUACGGCCUGAAGAUAUUAAAAAAACAGGGGUGCGUUUUCCUCGCUCUAUCGUCAAGAAACUGUGUGCCAGAAGAUGAACCGGGAGGCUGCCAGUAUGAAGCCUACGAAACUUCCAUUCCUGAAAAGUGCCUUCAAUACACAUUGGUUGCAGACAAUUCUCAGACAGGGUCCACUGAAGGCACCGCUCAAAGCCCAGACAGUAACCAACCUCUUUAUGAAACUGAUUCACGGCUUCAGCAAUAUCAAGAUUUUAAGCGGGGCCUCUUAUUCAGCAGCCUUGUACUGGUGUACUCCUCCUUAGGAGAUGACCCUUUCCGAUUGUGCAUGAUCACGUACCGUCCAAAUGAAGGACUGGGUACUGACGGGAAGCUUUACAUUUUAACAUCAGGUGUCCUUCUUGAUAAAGCCAUGGUUCAAACUUUUAAUCCUUAUAGACUCAGUUAUCACGAUGAGACGUUUAAAGCAGCGGCAAGGUUAUAUCGAAAUGGCAACAGAAAACAGUGCCUUAUACUCAGAACCCCGGAAUAUUACAACCUGUGCGAGUUAUUCACUGGCGGUCGCUAUACAAAUGGAAUAUUAAACAGCAUUUGUUUUUUUGUCUACACUGUAUAUUGUCAGCAACCAGCAACAAGAUUUACGAGUUUGAGCGAAUGCUGGUCGCCAGGAAAGGAAUGA